GUUCGAUCGCAGAUCUUCCUUCGCCCUCGAACCCGCCGCAACAAUACUGCCGCCAUGGGUCUCUCCAAGACCAACAGGAUUAUUAUCCUGUUGGUGAUAGAUACUGCGUUUUUCUUGCUAGAAUUAAUAGCAGGUUACAGUGUUCACUCCCUUGCCCUCGUUGCCGAUUCAUUUCACAUGUUAAAUGAUGUUUUAUCUCUAUGUGUCGGGUUAUGGGCUGUCAAGGUCGCCAAUCGUGGAACUACGUCGAAGAGCUACACCUACGGGUGGCAACGAGCUGAAACUCUCGGUGCAUUGGUGAAUGGUGUCUUCCUUGUGGCUCUGUGUUUGUCAAUUUUCCUCGAGGCUAUACAACGAUUGGUGGAACCGCAAGAGGUGAAGAAUCCGAAGCUCGUCUGCAUCGUCGGGUGUCUGGGGCUUCUGUCCAACAUUUUGGGUCUGGCCUUGUUCCACGAUCAUUCGCAUGGCCACGGUCAUAGUCACUCUCACGCCGAGGACCCUGCCGCUAUCGAGGAUGUGGAUGCUGCGGAGCAAGGACUCAGUCGUGAACCGGUUAAUGUCGGUGGCGAACAGAUAGCCACUACCAACGGUGAUUCCAUUGCCGAACAUUCUACUCCUUAUUCCUGCCGUCGUCGAACUCUUGACUCGCGCCAUUUCAGCGCCCCCAAUCGUGGCUUAGAAGAUAUCCAAGUCCAUCCCGCGUCCAUGCGACAGGAAAUCAUCGCCGCAAGCCGAAACCAAUACCUUGAUGAUCAGGGCUCUGAUUUGGAGGAUGCUGUCCUUGAGAAUGGCGCAACGGACGGUUAUAGUCCCACUGAACGCUCCACCUUGCUAGGUCACAAGGACAGAGCAUCAAACUAUACGCAGGAGAGCGAACUUCCUAUUGGCAACCAACGGUUUCCUAUCGACACUGAUCUUCACAAGUCACAUAACCACGCCCAGCCUAAGCCAAAGGACCAGAAACACGGCCACCAGCAUGACCUUAAUAUGCGCGGCGUCUUCCUGCAUGUCAUGGGCGAUGCGUUGGGCAACAUCGGUGUCAUUCUCUCAGCCCUUGUCAUCUGGUUAACUGAUUACUCGUGGAGAUUUUAUGUGGACCCCGGUAUCUCCCUUGUUAUUACCGUUAUUAUCUUGGUUUCUGCAAUUCCCCUCUGCAAAGCUGCAUCCCGUAUUUUGCUACAGGCUGUUCCACAUGGCCUAAGCAUCGACCAUAUCAAGGAGGACAUUGAAAGGCUUCCAGGGGUCAUCGGUUCCCACCAUCUGCACGUUUGGCAAUUAAGCGACACGAAAAUUGUCGCGUCCAUUCAUAUUCAAGUGGAUACUGACAUCAAGGGUGAGGGUUCCGAACGGUACAUGCACCUUGCUAAGCAAGUACGGGAAUGCUUGCAUGCCUACGGAAUUCACUCGUCUACCAUCCAACCUGAGUUUCCUCGCGACAGCGACUCCGAAGACAAUCAAGCCUCCCCGUCGCACAGCAACGGAGACCCCUCGCGGCCUGGAAAACUCUCAAGUCGGACCCCGAGUGUCCCUGAUGGAAACCCUCGAGCCUGCCUUCUAGAAUGUGGUGAUGAAUGUGCAGGCCGUGGACAUUGCUGCCCUAAAAAACCAACAUAAUCCAUUCUUAAAACACCUUUUCGCGUUUUCCUGUGUGACUCGUUUACUGUUACUUGACCUUGACAAACUUGUGCAACUGGUUGUACUCUCCAUACAUACCCCGGUUUUGUGUGGCUUUUGAACUUUUUUCUUAUCGCAUCACUAUGAUCAUGAUCGAUAUGUUUUUCGUCUGUGAUAAUUACUACCUGCGGGUUGGGAACCUGAUGAUAUGUGCUGAUAGACAGCAUAUGGUGGGAUUCUGGAGUUGAGCCUGUUUCCGCUGGAUUGUUACUGUAUUCUUAGGCAUUGUAGAGGAUUGAAUUGUCUGUUUUGUGAACUACAAAUGUGUGUGGUCCACACUUGAGGUUUUCGUGGUGAUGUAUAUAUAUAAAUUUUCACGUGCUGGCAAGAGUAGGUAGGAUGAGCACAAUAAAUGCCCCUUACUGAGCAACUUUUUUGAUUGUUCUUUAAGACAAGGCAAGUGGGAGAUUAUCAGAUGAAUAUUAAACCGGU